AGUGCUUACGUCCCCUUACUAGAUAUUACUUCUGCUAUUGCCACUGGUACUUUUCUCGUCCAUCGCCUCUGUACUGCCUUCUUUUCUUUUCCUAUUUGGUUCUCCUCUCCCCUUCUGCGUGCGCCGCGCAUUGCUCCUCAGAAUUCCACUCAUAUAUAUAUAUAGUAAGUAAGUAAGUAAGAAAACACCGCCCCCGAGGAAUUCAAACAGAAUAAUAAUAGUAAUAAUAAUAGAAAAAGGAAAUGCCGACUGUUGGUGAGAUAAUGUCCGCCCGCAAGGCGCUGGACGGCUACGUCUACGAGACCCCGAUGAUCGCCAGCAACGCCCUGCGCGGCAAGACCCGCCACGAGAGCGUAAUGCUCAAGUGCGAGAACCUGCAGCGCACCGGCAGCUACCACAUCCGUGGCAUGACCUACCGCGUCAUCCGCGCCAAGGAGGCGGACCUGGGCAUCAACAACUUCAUCACGCACAGCAGCGGCAACGGCGGGGCGGCGCUGGCGUGUGCAGCGAGCAACUUCCAGAGCAAGGCGCACGUCGUGGUCCCCGAGGACACGAACUCGCUCAUCACGCGCAGCAUUCACCACUACCAAGGCAACUUCUACUACUGCAAGCCGGACCUGAAGAGCCGUGUGGAGGAGGAGGCGAAGCUGCUCGAGGAGUUCAACCGGCCGGCCGGUAAGCAGCAGAACCGCGCGAUUGUGAUCAACCCAUACGAUGACGAGGCGGUCAUCACGGGCCACGGCACGGCGGGGAUUGAGCUGAUGCUGCAGACCGACUGCGCGGUGGACUGCGUCGUGGCUCCUGUCGGUGGCGGUGCUCUCGUAUCGGGCGUGGCGAUCGCAGUGAAGGGGAUGAAGCCGCACGUCGGGGUCUUUGCGGCGGAGCUGGCGGACCCGCCAAACCACUACACCGACUUCAAGCGCGGGGAGUCCUUGGCGGCGCGGCAGCAGCGCCACGGCCUCUCGCACCACGAGGCCGCCGCGAAGGGCAACCGGCAUGGCAUCCGCACCCCGCUGACGGACUUGGCGACGCGCUACAUUGACCGCUACGUGGACGGCGUGAUUCACGUGACGCCGGAGGAGAUGAAGUACGCCUUCCGCUACGUGUACGAGCGGUGCAAGCUGGUCGUGGACACGAAUGCGGCGAUUGCCGUGGCGGCUGUGCUGUCGUGCCCGCCGGCGCUCGACAACUACCGCCGUGUGUGCGUGGUGCUGUCGGGCGGGAACGUGGAUUUGAAUGACAUUCCCAAGCUAGCCGUGUCGCGAUUGUAG